AUGCGCCUGGUUUGCUUUGUGGAAUUUGUGCUUCCGACGCUGUAUCGCCAUUCAAUUUGCAAACUGAACAAGGGUCUCGACUUUUUGAAAAAGAAGAGUCAGCUCGAAAACAUCGGAGCUGAAGACAUUCUCGACGUCAACGAACGAUUGAUUCUGGGCCUCAUCUGGACCAUCAUCUUGCGUUUCCAAAUCGACACUAUCGUCAUCGAUGCGGACGAACAAGAGACCGGUGAACGGAAGCACGCCAAGGAUGCUCUACUUCUUUGGUGCCAGCGCAAGACAGCCGGCUACAGAAACGUUAAGGUGGAAAACUUCGCGAGCUCGUGGCGCAGCGGGCUUGCGUUCAACGCUCUCAUCCACGCUCAUCUUCCGGACCUGCUUCACUACGACGGGCUGAACCCGCAGGACCAUAUGGGCAACUUGAACAACGCGUUCGACAUUGCCGAAAAGAAGCUGGAUAUCGCCAGGCUGCUGUACGCUGAAGACGUUGACGUGGGCCGUCCCGACGAAAAGUCGAUCAUCACGUACGUCUCGCUCUACUACCAUCAUUUCGCCAAGCAGAAGACCGAGAUGACCGGUGCCAGGCGUGUUGCCAAUAUCGUUGGCAAGCUGAUGACACAAGAGCAGAUGGAAGACGAAUACCAAGGCAUCGCCAGCGAUCUGCUCGAGUGGAUCAAGCAAACGAUUGGCAUGUUGAACAACCGCCGAUUCCCGAAUUCGCUGAAGGGCAUCCAAGAAGAGAUGGUCCGCUUCAACCAGUUCCGCAACAUCGAGAAGCCGCCCAAGUACAAGGAGAAGGGAGACCUCGAGGCGCUGUUCUUCAACAUCCAGACGAAGAGGAAAGCCAUGGGCAUGAGUCCCUUCGUUCCGCAGCACGGCCUUUUCAUGAAAGACCUGGAGACGGCCUGGGAUCGAUUGGACAGCGCCGAAAACGAGCGCCAGACGGCGAUCAUCAACGAAAUGCUGAGACUCCAGAAGCUCGAGCAGUUGGCUGAACGUUUCUACCGCAAGGCCGAGCUGCGCGAUCACUGGCUGAGGGACAUGGGUGGUCAUCUCGAUGAACUUGAGCUCGGACGCACGGCCAGCGACGUCGAGGCGGCUCUCAAGAAACAUCAGGCUAUCAGCGCCGACAUUCUACCCCGUGAGGAGCGCUUCCGCAUCUUGACGCGCAUCUGCGGCGAGCUCUCCGCCGGCAACUACCACGAAGCCGACCGCGUGCGGGCAAGGGAUCGUGAAAUCGCCGAGAAAUGGGCGCAUCUGCUGUCGGUGCUCGAGGCCAAGCGCAAGCAAAUUAUGGGCUUGAACGACCUGAUGGGCCUUUUACGCGACAUCGACACGUUGAGCAGCGAGCUGAAGCAUCUUGAGCCGGUGGCUCGUAAUCGUGACGUUGGCAAGCACAUCCUCGGCGUCGACGAUCUGAUUGGCCGCCACGAGCUGGUCGAGGGUCAAGUGAAGGCGCACGGCGCCUGGCUCGACAACGUCUCCCGCCAAGCCCAACUCUACAUCCGCGGCAAGGGAGAGCAGCACGAGAUCCUCCAGCGGAAGCUCGAAGACGUCAAUGCGCAAUACGAGAACCUGCGAGCACUCUGCCAGCAGCGCCGGAAUGCCUUGCACAAGGCGCGCGAACUGUUCCAGUUCAUUCAGGAUCACGAGGAGGAAAUGACGUGGCUGGCCGAGAAGGAGUCGCUAUGCCUGAACGCACUUCAGAAGGGCGACAUUGCGAAUGUGGCCAACAUUUCCCGCCUCCACAAGACCAUCGAAUCGGAGAUGAAAGCGCAUUGGACACGCACCAAGGAGAUCAUGGCCGCCGGCGAGCAGCUGGCGAUGGGCGGGCAAAGCCGAGAUGACGUCCAACGCCGCAUCCAGCAGAUCCAACACCGCUGGGAAUCCCUGCGAAAGGUCGUCGACGAUUUGUCGAACUGGCUGCAGGAGGCCGAACGUGCGCAGCAAUAUUUCCAGGACGCCAACGAGGCCGAGUCUUGGAUCCGCGAGAAGUUGCCGCUCGUCAAGUCCGACGACUAUGGCAAGGACGAAGGCCAGGCCGAAAGCCUCCUCCAACGCCACAACCGGCUCGAGGAGCAGAUCCACGCUUUCCGUUCGGAUAUUGUUCGCCUGGAGGAAUCGGCUACGCAGAUCGCCAGCACCAACUUGAUGACCGGUAUCCAUGCGACCGAGGUGGACACUGAAGAAACCGUCGUGCCACAGGUCGAGAUGCUGUACAAGUACUCUGGCAACGGGAUGGAGGUCAAGAAAGAGGAGAUCGUCGCCCUCAUCGACAAGUCGAACCCGGACUGGUGGUGGGCUCAAGACACGAUGAACGUGCUCUCGGACGAGCCCUCUGUUGAACAUAUUGAGGCGUUCCGCAAGAAGCUUGACAAGCUCGAGCACGACAUCGCCGCGAAUGGAGGCACCCAGCUGAGGCGUAUCAACGGCAUGGCCGAUGAGCUGACCGCCGAGGGGCACAGCGAGACGCGCCAAAUCGUCGCCCGCCAGCAGGCCGUCAACAAGCUCUGGGCCCACAUCGACCAGCUGUUCCGCAACAAAACGGCUCGCGUGCAGACGCUCGAGCAGCUCGCCGACUUCAAUGCCAACUGCGCCGAUGCCGAGAGCUGGAUGAAGGCCAAGUUCGAUCUGAUCGACCGCAAGCCCCAGGAUCUCAAGUCGUUGCAGAAUUUGGAGCGCGACUUGAAGCCCUUGGAGGACAAGAUCCGGUCUCUCGAAGAGCUGGCGGAGCGCGUCAAGAAGUCAAACCCGGAAAUGGCCGCCGUCAUCCAAAAGAAGAUCAACGAGCUGCGCGGGAUGUACGCCGAUCUGCUCAGCCAAGCCCGCCAAAAGAUCCAGCUGGCCGAAGAGACGCAAGGCCAGGAAAUAUUCGAUGGAGCGCUCGCGGAAAUGCACGCCUGGAUCGAAAAGACGAAGAAGACGCUCUCGGACAUGGAACGGCCCGUCGACGUGCAGACCGCCGAGGACAUGCUCAAGAAGUACGUCGAAUUGGGUGAACAAAUCAAGGACAAGAAAUACGCCGUCGAAUAUGUCCAAGAGCUCGGACGGCGUCUGCUCGUCAAGAACCCGAAACUGAACGUGGUCAAGGAGAAACUGGAACAACUCCAGUACGCCAUGGCCGAGAUUGCCAACAUUUGGAAGUCGAAGCAUGCACACCUCAAGCAGCAGCUCGACCUACAGUUGUACAAUCGCGAGGCCGAGCGCAUCGAUGCGGCCACCAAGGGCCAUGAAGCUUUCCUUGAUUUUAAGGACCUGGGUGAUUCCGUCGACUCGGCUGAGAACCUCUUGAAGCGCCAUCGCGAUUUGGAGGCCAAGCUGGACGCGCAAGAGGCUCGUCUCGAUGCUUUCAGCAAGAACGCCGACGAGCUGAUCCGGUUGAAGCACGCGGACAGCACAUACAUCCAUGAUCGCCGAAACGAGGUUCUGGCAAGACGUGAAGCUGUCCGUCGCGCCGCCUCCAAGCGCCGUGCCCAGCUCGAGGCCUCCCUGGAAUACCAGAACUUGCGCCGUGACGGAGACGAGAUGCUCCAGUGGAUCGGCGACAAGAAGAAGGUGGCGCUCGACGACACUCACCUCGACCUGCACACGAUCGACAUCAAGCUGCUCAAGCACGAGGCUUUCGAGGCAGAGAUCAAGGCCAACACGCAGCGCGUCGAAAACAUCAACAAGGAUGGCGCAAUGCUCGUUUCUCGCCACCACUACGAAUCGCCGAACAUCCAGAAACUCGUCGAGCGCGUUAACGCGUCGUGGGCCGAGCUCAAAGACGCCGCCGCGCGCAAGGGCGAAAAGCUGAAGCAGGCCGCCGACCAAAAGAAUCUCAACCGCAUCUUGGAUGACGCGAACGCCAAGCUCGACGAGAUCGACGAGUCGCUGCGAGAUAAAGACGUCGGCAACGACCUGCGCGGCGUCAAGGAGCUCCUCCAGAAGCACACGACCGUUGAGCAGGAAAUGCACCUCUACGAGAACAAGUUGACGGAGAUCUCGCGCCGUGGUAAUGUGAUGGCUGGCGAAGGCCAUUUCGAUGCGGCUCGAAUCAUUUCUACCGUCAAGAGCCUCCUCCGCCGCUUUGAGCAGUUGACCGGCCCUUGCUCAGCACGUCGUACGGCGCUCGAGGAAUCCCUGAAGUGGCACCAACUCGCCUUUGACGUCGACUGCGAACUCCAAUGGAUUGCCGAAAAGGAGCCGCUGGCCGCUUCCGAAGAUACGGGCCGCACCCUGACCGAGGCGCUGAACGUCUUGAAGAAGCACGAGCAGCUCGAGGCCGAGGUCAAUCAGCAUAGCCGCCACAUCGAGGGCACCAUCCAUCGUGGUGACGACCUCAUCAAGGGACAUCACGCAGCACAGGCUGACAUCAAGGCAAAGUGUGAUCAACUGGCCGGCGCCUGGGCUCACCUACAGCAGCUCGUUCGUCGCCGCAAGCGCAUCGUCGACUGGGGUGUGAAGGAGCAGCAAUACAUGUUUGACGCUGCCGAGGUCGAGUCGUGGAUGGCGGAGAAGCGGAUCCUGAUCGAAUCCCAGGAUUACGGACAAGACGAAGACGCUGCACAGAAGCUUCUCGCCCGGCACAAGGCUCUGCAAAACGAUAUGAACACUUACAAACAAUGGGUCGAGCGUCUGGCUGUGAAGUGCGCCGAGUUGGUCGACUCCCAUCGGCCCCACGUCGACCGCUUCUCCAACAAGCAACGCGACCUUGAGGCCGAAUUCGAUCGUCUUUCCGAGCUGGCCGAUAAACGUCGCGCGCUGCUGGAAGAGACGCUGUGUUUGCACGAAUACCUGAGGGAAAGCGCCGAGCUGGAGCAGUGGAUCAACGAGCAGCUGCAGACGGCGAUGAGCGAAGAAUACGGCGAUGACUACGACCAUUUGAUGGACCUGCGGACGCGCUUCGAAAACUUCCGCACCUCGGUCAAAUCGGGUAGCGAGCGAUUCGUCUCCUGCGAGCAAGCGGCCAACUCUAUUCUUCGUCGCAACACGCCGUUUGCCCGGGAUGUGCUGAAGAGGCAAGAACGACUCAGGACGGUCUGGCACCUCCUCGUCGAAUACAUGGAAUCGCGUGAGCAAAAGCUGAAGGCGGCCGAAGAACUCCAUCGCUUCAACCGCGACGUCGCCGAGCAUGAGCAGCGCGUCGCUGAAAAGCUGAGCAACAUGCCGACGGAGCUUGGCCGUGACGUGAAGCAAGUGCAUUCGCUCUGGCAAGCCCACGAAACUUUCGAGAAGCAGCUGGUCGAUAUGAAGGCUCGCCUCGACCAUUUGCUGCAAGAAAGCGCUCGUCUGAAGGAAGCUUACCCUGGCGGCAAUGCCGACCAUAUCUCCCAGCAGCAAAUCACACUCACCGAGGGCUGGCAAGAGCUCGAAGAGGCGACGUUGAACCGAAAGGACCGCUUGCGGGCUGCCUACGACUUCCAUCGCUUUUUGGGAGAGGUCCGGGAUCUUCUGUCCUGGUGCGACCUGAUGGUGGCCGACAUGCAAACUGAGCAACAACUCCACGACCGCCAGGGCGCGCAGUGGCUGAAGGAAGAGCACUCGCGGCUGCAGUCUGAGAUCGAGGCCCGCGCUCCCGAAUUUGCCAAGCUCGACGGAACGGGCCGAAAGAUGAUUGCGGCCGAGCACUACGCCAGCGACGAGAUCCGUGCUCGUCUGCAACAACACGAGUAUCGUCAGACGGUCAGCUACGAGAGGUCGGAGACGAGGGAGCGAGUGAACGAGGGCUCCCAAUGCAUCUCGUGGGUCGAGGAGCAGAACAACCCGCACGCUGCCACCGCCACGAUGUCCAGCCAGAAUGGAGGCCAUUCGGAGACGGACGACGAGGCUUCUGUGAAAGGCUCAAGACGCCGCGGUUUCUCGUCGCUCUUCUCGCGCUCGUCGAAGAAGUCGAAAAAA